GCGUCUUUGUGUUCAUCGCCCUCAGACAGAUCUAAUCACGAAGAAGUCGUCUCUUCUCCCUAACCAAAAACGUUUUUUUAAUUAAAUAAAAGAUAUGGCUGAGGCAACACCUGCUUUGAGGAAGCCUGUGUUCACCAAAGUUAAUGAGCUGAGGCCAGGAACCAAUGGUCACUCACUGAACGUGAAAGUUAUCAGCACGAAGACGGUGAUGCAGAGAGGAGGAGGAGGACGUCCCAGUGGUCCUCAGGCUCGGCAGAUGCGGAUUGCUGAAUGUCUUGUUGGUGAUGAGACUGGUAUCAUUAUCUUUACUGCCCGAAACGAUCAAGUGGAUUUGAUGAAAGAAGGCAAGGUAGUGACCCUGCGCAAUGCCAAGAUUGACAUGUACAAGGGGUCUAUGAGGCUUGCUGUUGAUAGAUGGGGCCGUGUUGAAGUGGCAGAGGAGGCCACAGACAUCUCUGUCAAGGAAGAUAACAAUCUUUCUCUCAUCGAGUAUGAGCUUGUGAGCGUCGAAGCUUGAUUUGGUUCAGCCAACCACCAAAAGAGAGCAGAGUGACUCAUCAGAAGAUCACAUUUUCUUGUUGGAGAAGUAAUAGCAGCCUCUCUCUCUCUCUCUCUCUCUCUCUCUGCUUUGAGUUUUGCUAAUCAUAAUUUGCAGGUGGGUUUGUUGCUAGUUUUAGUCUAUCCCAGCUUAACUCUGUUCUCGUUUUGAAAAUCAGGUUACUGUUUUCUUUUUAAAAGUUGAUUGAUUCUCUCUUAAAAUGUCAUGUUAUCAUUCAUUAAAGAACUUAUAAAAUAUACAUCGACUAUCACUUUGGUCCAA